CAUGAGAGAAAGAAUGAUACUAUUCACGAGAAAGCCAAGCACAAGAAAACCAAGUUCUUGAUGCGCAUAAUUUUUGAUUAAACCAGCUGAAACUCUCACCAGCUGAACAGUUCUUACUCAUUCUUUUUACGAAGUUGCCUCAUAAAUGAGGCGUCCUUCUCUCUCUUGGAAAGUUGUUUUUCCUUACGUAAACCAAGUUCUUGAUGCUUCUGCCCGUAGCCGGGCAUUUCUCAUUUCAAAGAUCGGCACUUUUUGCAUAGAUCGACAGUAGCGCUCUUACCGAUUGCGAUGGAUUUUUUUAAUAGUAUCAUUUUUUCUUUCACUGGCUUGGUUCUUGCUUCCCUAGUUUGUAGUUACGUCUGCUUCACCGCAAAUUUAAUUACUCAUGUUGAGCAUUUUGUCGUAAUCCCCUUCCCUCAAAAUACAAAUCCUAUUCAUCCCAUGCAUAAUAUCCUAAUGAGAAAACAAUGAACUAGACGCGCAACAGAAUGCCUACAACACAGCAACGAACUUAGUCUUGGGCUUGACCACAAUAAGUUCUAAGACCAACAAAAAGUAGGCGCAGACGCAGAGAAUUCAACAUACCAACUUCUUACCGAUAAACUGACGAGGGCGUGUAGAUGUAGAACUAGAAGAGUGUUGUACUACUCCUUGAUCAUUAGUAUAGCAUAGAAGAAAUUGAUGAAAACAUCAAGCGGAGCAGGAGGUGACGUAAUAACUUCUUUAGCUCUUGAUAGAUGUAAUUGAUAGCUACUAAUGAACCAACCAACAAAAUUUGUAUAUUUUCGAGGCCAUUUUCCCUCGAGUGAUGUGCCCCUCCUGGGGGCCUCACAACGAGAAUUCAUCAACAUGUUGCACUUGAAAUGCUAGAUUAUACCAGGAGGUCAUGGAUGAGGACUACAAACAUGAUUUUCAAACCGGCGGGAAGAAGAUGACUUCUUCUAGUACUGAUGAUGAUAAUGAUGGACUUCUGUUGCUUAGGAG